UUAAAAACGUAUCGGGUUUCGUAACGUGGCGUAUUUGCACAUUUCUGUUAUAUUCCAAACGGCAACGGGCUUCAAAUAAACUCGAUCGACGCCUCUUCGCCUGUGGCGGUGUGCGAAACCGAUCUCUGGUGCGGCGAAGGUGAUAUCAGGAUCUCACAAGCACAUUCUAGUUUGUUGUUUGCUAAAGAUAGAUGGCUGCUCAUAAAAUUGCACAUGCUACCCUGAAGGGUCCUAGUGUUGUCAAGGAGAUCUGCAUUGGCCUUACACUGGGAUUAUUUGCCGGUGGUCUGUGGAAGAUGUACCACUGGAAUGAGCAGAGGAGAACAAGAGCUUUUUAUGACAUGCUAGAGAAGGGUGAAAUUAGUGUUGUUGUUGCAGAAGAAUAAUCAUCCUAGUCUCAUUCCUUCAGAUAUAAAUGGAGACCUGCAUUCUCAUCCUGGAAGCUCAAGUACAUUUUCAGAUCAAAUUUGCAGCUUUUUACUGCUGGAUGCAAAAUAAGUUUGGAUGAUUGUUGAGAUCAAAUUUGCAGCUUUUUACUGUUUGGAUGCAAAACAAUGCGGUAUGGACUAAAUCCUUUUUCCAUUUUUUCUUUGUGGUUCUGCCUAUCUUUGUUUGAUCUUAAAUAUGAAAUAAGUUAUCCACACUUUUAGGACAA